ACAAACAAAUGCACCCUUGCACAUAGCUGCCCCUCCCAGUGAGAACAGAUGAAACUGGUGGAGCAAGUUGAAAAAGGAAACUCAGACCCGUCACCUGAGCCCUUAUAACAGCCUCUUUACGCCGCCUCCGACAGUCUGGACAAGCAGCCUGAGCUUCAGGUCUGAGCUUCCUCACCUCGUACCUUGUUCCUUGUGCUGGAGAUUCUCUGGACCUCUGAACCUUUUGACGAUGCAGCUGUCAGUGAUGCUGAUGUUGGCCCUGCCUGCUCUGUGCUCAGCCGGCACAAACAGCUGUGAGAAAGACGACGAACCAGUCCUGUUGCUGGACCCGAGUCUGGAGGACAGGGUUCCUAAUAUCACUGACAACGGAACGCCAACUCAGGCUCUUCCAACUCAUCUAUCGGUUGGACAAAGUUUAGACUGUGAUUCCUCGUUCAACAUUGGUCAAACCAACCUGGAAUGGCAGACAUUUAAUGGCUUUCUACCCCACGGAUCAAUCUCAAUCUACAACGGAUAUGUUGGACGCAACGACUACGUUUGCCAAUUCUUGUCCAGAGCUGGUUUCUACAACCCUGACAUGGAUGCAACUCCUUACUGCCACUACUCCUCUGGGGGGAAAGAGUAUCUUGGCUCCCCAUUUCAAAUCCUGGUGAACAAAGAUGACUUUGAGUUUAUGGAAUGGAAGGAAGCCACAUAUGGUUCAGUACCUCAGAAUUCAGUCAACACUGUCGCCAACAAUGUAGUGUAUGUUGGGAAGAACAAGUAUGGUCUUGGAAAGGUGGAUACUAAAAAUAAGGCCUUCUUUCUUCCCUGGAAAGGUUCUGAGUAUUGGUACAAUUACUACCAGGUCCUGACCUUUAGCAAAGAUGUAUACAGUGAGCACAUUUCUGAAGUCAAGUAUGAAACUGAUGGGGUUAAACCCAUUGCGAUUCCUCCAGAGACCAUGCGCAAGUCUGCGAUCACCAACAAGGGUUGCCAGACAGUGACAGGGACAGCAGCCCUCUCAAAGACAUACCAAGUGGAGCAAAGGUGGGACACCAGCUUUUCUAUCACAGCGGGUGUCCAGACCAGCAUCACUGCUGAAAUCCCCAUAAUUGGCUCCGCAACUAUCGGCUUUAGUAUUGAGACGACCCUCCAGUUCACCAUGGGGACAACUUAUAUUGAGUCCACCACCCACACUGUUUCUGUUCAGCACAUCAUCCCACCAAACGAGUCCUGUGUUGUCAGUAUGGUGGGAUUUGAGUACAGGGCAGAAAUCCCUUACACCGCACGCCUCAGCCGCACCUACAGCAACGGGAAGACCUCAUGGACGUCCAUCACCGGGACCUACAAAGGUGUCCAAAUGGGAGAAGUAAUGGGUGUGGUGGAUCGCUGUGAGUUUGUACCUGAUCCCAUGCCCUGUGCCUGAAAGAAUGAUCGAGGGUCAUUGAGAUUCAAUACCUUGCAUUUUGUAUGUUGGAUACGGGUAACAAUGUAAUGAAGUAAAAAAUAAACCUGCUUUUGUUGCUUAAUAUAUUCUUUAAGAAUAUAACUACUUGGCAGUUAACUAUUUUUUCAGCUUCAACAGUUUUCCAAGCAACAGAUUAAAUUCAUCUAAAAUUGUAAUUCAAAGUUCCAUUGUUGCAUAUAAAAUAAACUGACAU